AUCUGGACUUGGUUCAAGUGGCACCAGCCAAACCCCUGCCUUACUGACCUCUCCCCUGAAGGAGCAGGAGCAGCACUCGAGGCCGCCCUGGGAGAGCUGAGAGGCAGGCUCUGGACUGGGGACACAGGGAUAGCUGAGCCCCAGCUGGGGGUGGAAGCUGAGCCAGGGACAGUCACGGAGGAACAAGAUCAAGAUGCGCUGUAACUGAGAAGCCCCCAAGGCGGAGGCUGAGAAUCAGAGACAUUUCAGCAGACAUCUACAAAUCUGAAAGACAAAACAUGGUUCAAGCAUCCAGGCACAGGCGAGAUGAUGUUUUGUCAUACUGUCCAGGCUGGUCUUGAACUCUUGGGCUCAAGCGAUCAGCUCGCCUCGGCAAGUGCUGGGAUUACAGGCAUGAGCCAUGUGCCUGGCCUAACUGAGCAAUUACUAUGCAGUGUGACGAGCACUGCCCCAGCUGAAAGAGUGGGCACCGUGGGGCAUGUGGAAGAAGUGAAUGGCCUAGAGGAGAGGAGGCUUUUUGGCACCGUGGAUUGCAUUUUCAGCUCCCCACCCGCCCAUCUGCAAAGUGGCCUCAUUGGUGUGCCAUUUUUACUGGUCCAGUCCCAACUAGAAGGGGCAUGGCCUGGCCAUCUACCCCAGUUCCUCUCCAUGUCCCCGUGGCUCUCAAGUGUCUCCAAUUCCAGCUGUCCCAGCUGCCCUGCGCAAGAGGAGGUGUGUGUGGCGAGGCUGCUGGGUUACCUAUUAACUCAGCUGUGAGUUGAAGAGCCGAUGGGCAGCAGGCAGACUUGAGUCUCCUUUCUGUCCAUGGGCUCGGGCCACUGUCUCAGGUCCACCCGUGGCUCCAAAAUGGUCUCCUGGUCCGUGAUAGCAAAGAUCCAGGAAAUACUGCAGAGGAAGAUGGUGCGAGAGUUCCUGGCCGAGUUCAUGAGCACAUAUGUCAUGAUGGUAUUCGGCCUUGGUUCCGUGGCCCAUAUGGUUCUAAAUAAAACAUAUGGGAGCUACCUUGGUGUCAACUUGGGUUUUGGCUUCGGAGUCACCAUGGGAGUGCACGUGGCAGGCCGCAUCUCUGGAGCCCACAUGAAUGCAGCUGUGACCUUUGCUAACUGUGCGCUGGGCCGCGUGCCCUGGAGGAAGUUUCCGGUCUAUGUGCUGGGGCAGUUCCUGGGCUCCUUCCUGGCGGCUGCCACCAUCUACAGUCUCUUCUACACGGCCAUUCUCCACUUUUCGGGUGGAGAGCUGAUGGUGACCGGUCCCGUCGCUACAGCUGGCAUUUUUGCCACCUACCUUCCUGAUCACAUGACAUUGUGGCGGGGCUUCCUGAAUGAGGUGUGGCUGACCGGGAUGCUCCAGCUGUGUCUCUUCGCCAUCACGGACCAGGAGAACAACCCAGCACUGCCAGGAACAGAGGCGCUGGUGAUAGGCAUCCUCGUGGUCAUCGUCGGGGUGUCCCUUGGCAUGAACACAGGAUAUGCCAUCAACCCAUCCCGGGACCUGCCCCCCCGCAUCUUCACCUUCGUUGCUGGUUGGGGCAAACAGGUCUUCAGCAAUGGGGAGAACUGGUGGUGGGUGCCAGUGGUGGCACCACUUCUGGGUGCCUAUCUAGGUGGCAUCAUCUACCUGGUCUUCAUUGGCUCCACCAUCCCACGGGAGCCCCUGAAAUUGGAGGACUCUGUGGCAUAUGAAGACCACGGGAUAACCGUAUUGCCCAAGAUGGGAUCUCAUGAACCCACGAUCUCUCCCCUCACCCCCGUCUCCGUGAGCCCUGCCAACAGAUCUUCAGUCCACCCUGCCCCACCCUUACAUGAAUCCAUGGCCCUAGAGCACUUCUAAGCAGAGAUUAUUUGUGAUCCCAUCCCUUCCCCAAUAAAGCAAGGCUUGUCCGACAGCAGUACCCCCACUUCCUGGGGGCCUCCUGUGGUUGGGCUUCCCUCCUGGGUUCUUACAGGAGCUCCAGGGCUAUGUCUUAGCCCAAGGUGUAGAGGUGAGGCACCUCAAGUCUUUCAUGCCCUGGGAACUGGGGUGCCCCAGGGGGAGAAUGGGGAAGAGCUGACCUGCGCCCUCAGUAGGAACAGGGCGAGAUGAAAGAAUGACAGAAUGAGGGAUUUUCAGGCACGGGGGAAGGAAGGGUGGUUUUGGGGAACAGACCGUAGCUGACUGGUGGGGGGCCGGCUUUGGAAAUACUUUGAGGGGAUCCUGAGAUUGGACUCUAGACUCUCCCCUGGUUCUUCCCUUCCCCUAGUUCUGGCCGGUUCUUGGACCAGACAAGGCAAGGCCCAAGAAUGUAGAUCAGAAUUUUUUAGCCUUUUUUUCAUUAGUUCCUUCCCUAGUAUUCUUCUAGAUUUUUUUUUCUUAAUCACGUGAAAUUUUAAUACCACAGAUAUACUAUAUAUCUGUUUAUGUUCUGUAUAUGUUCUGUGCUUUAUACAUAAAAAAGAGUAAGAUUUUUUUUUCACCUCCCCUUUUAAGAAUCAGUUUUAAUUCCCUUGAGAAUGCUUGUUAUAGAUUGAAGGCUGUUAAGGGGUUGGGCUCCUCUUUCUUCUUCCUGGUGCCAGAGUGCUCCCACAUGAAGGAAUAGGAAAGGAAGAUGCAAAGAGGGAAAUCCUUCGAACACAUGAAGACACAGGAAGAGGCCUCUUAGGGCUCCAAGGGCUCCAGGGAAGCAGCUGCGGAGGUUGGGUGGGGUGGGGGGCCAGGAUCCACUGACCCUGGGGCCAGGCAGGAAUCACUCUGUUGCCUGGGGCUCAGAAGGCAGCAUCACCCAUGGUUCCUGUCCUUGCUCAUGUAUUUUGCCUUUCAACAAUUAUUGUGCACCUACUGUGUGCAGGCCCUGCCUGGACACUGGGGAUGCGCAGUGGAUGCGCUGGGCUCUGCCUUUGAGGGUUGCAGUUUAAUGGGGGACAGGUAAUUAUAAGGAAGAAGGUGAGUGCAGAGUGGGAGGCUUGGAGGCUGUGGGGCUCGGGGUAGGGGAGCUCACAUCCAGCCUCUGGGCCAAGGCCAGGAGGCUUCCCAGAGGAGGAGACAGAGCAGGGUAUGGUGGUGGGGGGUGUCCUUUUUGGGGGUGGGAGCUGCACUCUACAGUUUGAGGGGAUGGGCAGAGGAGGCUGGGCUUCGUUCUGGAGGUGGGGACACGGUGAGGUGAGGUUUAGAAAGCACAUCUGAGCCGCAGUGUGUAGGAUGCUGGAAAUGGUGGAGAUGGGCCUGCGAAAGUGAUGACCCAGGAGCAGCAGCUGGGCACCUAACAAUGGGUCAGCACCGUGGGCGUAGAGACGAGAGUGGGGAUUGAUCAAUACCGGAGAAGUACAAUGUACAGGACUUGGGUUCCAUUUGGAUGGAGUGGGUGAGGGAGAGGGAGGAAUCAGAAAUGGCUUCCGGUUUCCACCUUGGGCCUGGGGAUUGGAGAUGUCCCCACUGAGAGUAGGGCACAAGUGAGGAAAUGGUUUGGAGAGGAAGAUAAGUUACAUCAUGGACAUGCUGAGUCUGAGUUGCCUAUGGGACUUGGAAUGGGGGGUGGCAAAAUGUGUGUGAUCUUGAGCAAGAUAUUCAACCCUUCUGGGCCUUGGUCUUCUUAUUUGUAAAAUGGUGAUAAGAAUAUUACUUCCCAUUUCUGUUGCUGUGAAUAUUAAAUGCGCUACCACAUGUAAAA